GACCGGGGGCGCGUCGCUGCUCCAUGUCGGUCCCGUCCUGUGGGAAAUAUGAUCAGCGCCCCUGACGUGGUGGCCUUCACCAGGGAGGAGGAGCUGGAGGAUGAUCUGUACCGCGAGCCGCCCCUGCCCGAGGAGUACUCGGUGCCGCUGUUCCCCUUCGGCGGCCAGGGCGCCAACCCCUGGGCCAAGGUCGCCGGCUCCAAGUUCACCCGGGACUUCAUCCUCAUCUCCGAGUUCUCGGAGCAAGUGGGGCCCCAGCCCCUCCUGACCAUCCCCGAUGACGCCAAAGUGUCGGGCACCUUCGAUCUCAAUUAUUUUUCCCUGCGGAUCAUGUCUGUGGAUUACCAGGCAUCCUUCGUGGGGCACCCUCCCGGCUCUGCCUACCCAAAGCUGAACUUUGUGGAGGAUUCCAAGGUAGUGCUGGGGGACUCCAAGGAAGGGGCUUUUGCCUACGUGCACCACUUGACCCUGUAUGACCUGGAAGCCAGGGGCUUUGUGAGGCCCUUCUGCAUGGCCUAUAUUUCUGCUGACGAGCACAAAAUCAUGCAGCAGUUUCAGGAACUCUCCACCGAGUUCUCCAAAGCCUCCGAAUGCCUGAAGACGGGGAACCGGAAAGCUUUUGCCAACGAGCUGGAAAAGAAACUGAAAGAUCUUGACUACACCAGGACCGUCCUGCACAACGAGACUGAGCAGCAGAAGAAAGCCAACGACAAGGGCUAUUACACAACCCAGGCCAUUGAGAAGGCCAACGAGCUGGCCAGUGUGGAAAAAUCGAUCAUCGAGCACCAAGACCUGCUGAGGCAAAUCCGGUCGUAUCCCUACAGGAAGCUGAAGGACUCUGAAUUCCACCCCUACGAGCCAGAGUGUGCCCUGGAGCGGGCUGAGGUGGGCAGCGAUCAGGACCCGGCUGCCCCCGACCCCGCUGAGCCCGGUGAAACUCACCUUUACACCCACGUGCCAUCCUACACCCCCAAACUCAUCAAAGCCAAGUCUGCCAAGUGCUUUGACAAGAAGCUGAAGACACUGGAGGAACUCUGUGAUGUUUAUUUUUUCACCCAGACCCUUGACCAGUUGCACCAUAUCGAGAGGACUUUUCGAGGUGAUGUGUGUUACCUCCUGACAGAGCAGAUCAGCCGGGCUCUCCUAAAGCAGCAGACUGUCACCAACUUCCUCUUCGAGAACGUGUCUUUCCUGGAUGAAAAACCUCCUGAAAAACAGUACAGAGGCUGCCAGGGGCUCGGCGAAGAUGCCGUAGAUGAAAAGUGUUCGGAAGAGUCCCUUGCUCCUAAAGUGGUCAUCAGCCUGGGCUCCUACAAAUCCAGCGUGGAGUGCGUGCCCAUCAAGAUGGAGCAGGAAAUGGAGGACUCCGAAGAGCCCAAAAUGUCCGAGUCCGUGAUGUCUGAGCACCAGGAGAACCUGGACUAUCUGGAUGCUGAUAUCAAAGGCAGCAUCAGCAGCGGGGAGAGCAUCGAGGUGCUGGGAACGGAGAAGUCGGGCUCCGGGCUGACAAAAUCGGAGAGCCAGGCCAGCCUGCCCGUCAUGCCCAGCCCCCAGGCGGGCCGGAGCAAGGUGGGCAGCCGGCGCACGGUCAGCGAGGACAGCAUCGAGGUGCUCAGCACGUGUCCCUCCGAGUCCCUCAUCCCAGAGGAUUUCAAAGCGAGCUACCCAAGUGCCAUUAACGAGGAGCCCUACGCGGAUGACGACGAGGGAGGCCUUCGCUUCACCCCCAGAGCGAACCCGGGCCUCGACGAUGGCCAGGGCGACGCCUCGAAGCAGGAAAGCUUAGUGCAGGUGGACGCUGCCUGUUGUAUCGGCAAGGAGAGCCCCAACUUCCUGGAGCCCCUGCCCGAGCUGGGGCAGAAACCGUGCGAGGAGGACGGGGUGGUGCGGAUCCCCCCGCAGCCGUACCGGCCGGCCGAGCAGGGCCUGCGCGGGGGCUUCCCCUCCUCCCAGGACGGCCUCUCGGGGGGGCUCCUGCCCUACGAGCUCGACUCUCGCUACCUUUCGGGCAGCAGGGAGGUGAGUAAGAGCAGCCUGGACGAGUGCUCGGACUCCACGAGCUACAUCAGCAGCGCCGCCUCCACGUGCUCCGACAGGACCCCGUCCCCGGCCCACCUGGGUGGCGCGGCCGGGGAGAGGCACAGGAAGAGGGCGGGGCAGAACGCGCUGCGCUUCAUCCGCCAGUACCCCUUCGCCCACCCUGCCAUCUACUCCCUGCUCAGCGGGAGGACCCUGGUGGUGCUGGGGGAGGACGAGGCCAUGGUCAAGAAGCUCGUGACGGCGCUCUCCAUCUUCGUGCCCAACUGCGGCGCCUACGCCAAGCCCGUGAGGCACUGGGUCACCUCCGCGCUGCACUUGGUGGAUUUCCAGAAGUGGAAGUUGAUUGGACUCCAGAGGGCGGUGUCCCCUGCCGGGGUGAACGUGCUGCACGCGCUGAGCAGGUACAGCCGCUACCUGAGCAUCCUGGACGCCGACAGCAAGACUCUGCGCUGCCCCCUCUACAAGGGCGCCGUGGUGGCCCGGCUGGCCGACCACCGCACGCAGAUCAAGCGUGGCAGCACCUACUACAUGCACGUCCAAAGCAUCCUCACCCAGCUGUGUUCUAAAGCCUUCCUCUUCACCUUCUGCCACCACUUGCACCUUCCCAUCAGCGAAAGGGAACCGGAGGAAUCCGUUGUGAACCGCAGGAUGAACUUCCUAAAGCUUCAGCUGGGCCUCGCCAACGAAGAUAUCAAAAUCGUGCAGUACUUGGCCGAGCUGCUGAAGCUGCGCUACAUUCAGGAACCGGGGCAGGGGGGGAACCCCCUGCUCAGAUUUGACUACGUUCCCAGCUUUUUGUACAAAAUCUAGCCUUGCACAGGCCGUGUGCCCGCGUGCUGGGAGUCUGACAGAGCUCAUCCGUGCUUGACAUUGCCGCUGCCUGCAGUAGCUCUCGCCCAUCGGGAAGGGGCCGGGGGGGUUGGUGUCUCUGCUCGGCAGAAAUCCCGGGCGUUGGGAUUUCUGGGCGUUCCCUGUAGCCAAAAGCGUAGGUGUUCCAUCACAUAAACCAUCGGGCACUCUGUAAAUGUUAGAAGGGGCACUGGUAAAGUGGAUCACGGCAGCAUCCCAGAGGGGAGCUGGGCAAUCUCGGGGAUCAAUACUGACUAGUGUGCAGCCCCCCCAUAUAGCACAGCGUCCUGCAUGCUUCUGCCAGAGCCCUGAGCACUGUCAGUCCCUUCUGGUGAGCCAGGGCUGUGACCAGAGCUGUAAAAGCCGUGUGAAGUUUUGUAUCCGCUGAUGUGACUGUCAUGUGAGUGUAGCUCAGAGCCCCCUGGCAGAGCAGCAGCUCACAGGUCUGUGCACAGCCACACUGGAUGGUUUCCCUUCCUGCACUCCCUGAGUUUUCUGGGCACUUCCCAGGACAGGUUGUCCCUGGGUGAGUGGGAGCACAGCGGAGGCACACGUGCUUCUCUCCAGAAGGGGUUUCCCAGUUUGUCCCAGCUCUGUUAAGAUCAGGAAGGUGGAGGCACUCCCUAGAGCCGGCGAGCCCCGAGGCGCCAGCCGCUGUGAAUGUAGAGCACUGUGCCUUGUUCAUUUGUCACGUCCGAUUUGCUGGGCGGCUUCGAGCAGGCUGGAGGGAGACUGGGAAUCCCCAGAGCGUGUCAGGGGUGGCUUUCUAAAGACAGAAGGGAACUGAAGGAGGGUGAGGGCCCUCUUUUUAGGUGCUUUUUGUGACGGGGAAAUGAUGUGAUUCAGCUGGAGCCACGCUGUGAGGCAGCAGGCUGUAACCACAGGCUGCCUGGCUGGCAAGGUACAAGUGCUCAGGAGAGAUUGGGGAUGAAUGUACUGGAUUCUGUGUUCUAUCCAUAAUAGUUUAUUUUAUUUUAUUUUAAUUUUUGUUGAGGAGUUGGCGUUUGUGGUAAAACAGGGCUGGCAUCGCUGCAUGCUGCUGCUGGCUGAGCCGUUGUCACAUCCUGACUACCUCUCCUGGGUGGCUCUGGAUGGGGCAGAACUCCUGCUCUCUGAGCCUGGGUACUGAGAACUUUUCCUUUCAAAGCUUCUGUGCCAUAAAGGAUGUACCACCAAUGUGGCGACACUCCCAGAUUGUUCCUGUCAGAGCUGAAGGCUUUGUGCCCGGGUGCAGCACUUCCCUCUCGGGUCUUGGUAGGUGCCCGGUGCCACGUGGCAGUAGCAGCUCCCAAGGUACUUCUAAGUAAGAAAAGUCUUGCUAGGAAAGCUAAUCUUGGUUUUAAUUCUUUUUAAUGCUGAUUAUGGGGUGAGAACAGCUGAGAUCGUACAAGAGCUGAUCUGUUCUUUGGUUUGUUGUUUGUUUUUUUUUUUUAAACUUCUGUUUGUGGUGAUAAUGUGAGGCAGCUUUGGAGAUGAAUGUGAUCUUCCUUUUGAGCCCAGGAAGUUUCUAUGUACAGCUUGGGCCCCACUGAGACUCGCUGUGAGACCUGCACUCCUCCAAAACCAUGUCCUGGAAGCAGGGAGGCUCCUUGGGGAGCAUCUGUGCCUCAGCACCAUGCCACCUCCUCCUCUCCCCUGGAAAGGGCUCUCUGGGGUACAAACCAACAAGGGCAGAAAGGCUGUUUGCAAGGUUAUUGCUCUUUGUGGUGGCUCAGCUGAGUUGGCCUCGUGGCACACUCCAGAGGGAUUUCCUGCGUCAGGGGUUGCUUGUGAUGGUGUUUUGAGGUCGUGGUUGGAAGCAGUGUGGUGUGGCAGCGUCUCUCUGGGGCUGCUCACCUGUUCAAAGCCUUUUCCUGUCCUACCUGUGCCCUCCUGUCUCGUGUGAACCGAGUCUGCUGGUGAAAGGCCUCCGUGUCCAUCAGACUGGCUGCUUCCUGAAGUGACUCAAGGUGCCCCUGAUGGAUUCACGCACACCCAAACUUCCACACUAAAGCUGAGGUGAGAUUCCCUGGGGGAAGAGGCACUGGUAGAUGAGUAAUGCAGGUGACACCAGGCAGAUGAAAGCUCCCAGCAUCCCGCUCUGGAGCUGUUGCUCAAAACAGGAGCUUGUUUCUUGCUGAAAAACCACCUAGUGCUGUUUGGGUUUAAGGAGGGAGGGAGGGACAGACUUUUUUCCUGCUGACUCACUGACAUCUUCCUCCAGCAUGGAGUGGGAGAGAUGAUUCGUGGUGGCUCAUCUUAGUCACAGUGGUCUCGACCUGCGGUGUUCAGCUGUGCUCAUAGAUUGAUAAAUAACUCACUUCUUGCUCCCUCUGUCCAAUCUGUAGUAUCUGAUGUUCAAGGCCGUGUUGAGCAAUACUUGCACUACCACCUAACCUGCUUCACCUCUCUGCCACAAAGCAGCUCGACUGGGGAGGAAGCCCCGGGGGCUUGGCUGGAACAUCACUCCAUUCCCGAUUCCCAAGGGGAGCUCUGGGAUUAUCUGCAACUGGGAGCUGUGGAGAAACACCCCCUGGAGUGCUUAUCCUCCUCUCAGCAGUGUAACCUCUGAACUUGGACUGGAAAGGAGGAGUUAACACCGGGCUGUGGCACCUCAGUGCAUUUGGAGCCCUCUCUGCUUGUGGUGGCAGAAACUGGGAGGAUUCCGGGUGCAACUGGUGUUUUGGGAGCUGAAUUCCUCUUUCCUCUGUAAUUUCUCUGUCUCUGUUCUUCUGUUCCUGUACAGCACAGAACCCUGUAUUGGCACUUUAGGACUUUUCCCCAUCUCUGGUGUGGUACCUCACCAAUUCCUGAGGUUCGCAGACUAACAACAAGCCACGACCUUUGCACUGAUAGCUCCCUCCACGAGUUCUGGCACGCCUGUCGUCGUCUUGCCCCAGCCAUCCUUCCGCGGGGAGCAGGGCAUGUUCCUGGCAGUGGCAGUGCCAUCCCCACCAGCCUUUCAGCUGCCAGAGCCAGCGGUGCCCUGCAUGGCCCUCCCCUGCUUCCGUGAGUGCCGCCAGCCCAGCAUGUCCCCGCUCCCGCACGGCCACGCUGGCUCCUCCUCGCUGCCAGCAAGAGGAGGUGUUGGACCUGCCCGAGAAUUCAUCAGAGCAGAAUUCAUCCCCCGGCCAGGAGGGAGGGAGAGCUCCUGUUCCCCGUUCCUGCUCUUCCCAGCCCCUGCUCUGCUCUCUGCUAACCCGCCGCUUCCAGCUCCCACCCCAGGAGGGUCAGCCAUAGCUGUAGGUGAUCUUAACCCUACAAAGGUCUCAUUUCUCAGAGAACAGUGCUCAGAUUUCCUUUCAUCGAAUAGCAAUCACUUCUGAGCGGCUCCGCAGCUGCCUUGCCUCGGCAGGGAGGAGCUGCCUAUACUCUAGCAAUAUUCACCGUGGUGGGAGGGUGGCAGAGGCACUCCAGGGCUGGGAGCUGAUGGCUCUGUGCCCCUAGGCCAGGUCUUCGGGUUUUAUUGCACCUGAGGGUCUUGAGCCCCCUGCUCUGGUGGUGGGGGCCAGCCCACGCUGCAGAUUCCGGGAGCUGGGCAGGACCCGGGGCUUGUAGCAGCACAGUGAGCAGGCUCCUGUAACAGGCUGUGAGGGAAUUCAGGGAGCUGCCCAGGCUGCAGGAGAGCACCUGCCCCAGAGCACAAUGUCACAGAGCACCAAACUGCACCCCGAUGUUGGAGGGGUCACAAACCCCCCGCCCACUGCUCCCCGAGAUGGAUUGAACUGGAAGGCAGAAGCAGGGUACCCGGUCCUGCCGGUGGCACGGCUGCUGGCACGGGGAUGGGGCUGGGCUCGGAGCUGCCUCUGAGGGCUGCCAGGAGGCUGUGAUGAAUUCUCAUCUUAUUUUAAAAGCACUGUAUCCUAUUCCUGCAUGUUGAGUUCCGUGUGUGUGCCUGUGUGUGCCGAAUGCUUGCGUCAGUAGUUAGGGCGAGUGUGACCGGGAGAAAUCCAAGAAGCAUGUCUUAGUGUCGUGCUGUAAGUGUUACUGCACAAGAGUUUAACAGAUGUUAACACCAAAUGACUAGUCUGAGAAAUGUACUUUUAAAAAAAAAAAAAAUAUUUAUUUGGGUUCAGAUAUUUUUGAAAUACAAAAAAAAAAAAAAAAAAAUUGGUCGUAUUUUUUAAAGCUUAUAAUUCUUGUCAUACAUCGUGGUUAAAUUCUUCAUUUUACCGUGCUUAUUAAAAAAUGGUUCAA